UUCCAAAUUGAGGCGAACAGGAUAAAAAACAGCACCCGAGAUUCCAAGCCUGCCCAUGUUCGGUUUCAUCCCGAGCGAAACUGCAAAAGCAAAACCCUCUUCCCCUUCCCCUCCCCUCCCCGGCGGCCCGCGGGCAAAAUCUGGACACCUCUCCAUCGAUCUCUCCCUCCUCGAUCGAGCGGCUCGCGGGGGCGAUCGGCGAUGGGGGGAUGCUGGUGCUGCUUCCUCGCCCACAAGCCGCCGCGGGAGAACCCGAUGAGCCCGGCCCGGGAGCGGCUCAUCGGGGGCGGAUCGAGCGCUGCCGGCCACCACCACCCGCCCCUGAUGGUCACCUACAGCGAGGGGUUGGGCGCUGCGGAGAGAUUGAGGGCUGGGUUCAGGACGUUUAAGAGGACCAUCUAUGAUAAAAACCCCAUGCUGUUCGGGCCGCUCAAGUCUGCCCAGUCCCCGAAGUACAUGGUGUUUGCGUGCUCUGACUCUCGUGUAUGCCCAUCAGUAACCCUCGACCUGAAACCAGGAGAGGCCUUUACUGUCCGUAACAUUGCCAGCCUGGUUCCGGCCUACCACCAGAAUAUGCACUCUAGCGUUGCGUCGGCCAUUGAGUUUGCUGUUACCAUUCUCAAGGUUAAGUGCAUUGUGGUUAUUGGUCACAGCUGCUGCGGUGGAAUCAGGGAACUCCUCUCUCUGCAGGAAGAUAGACCUCACACCUACCAUUUCAUUGACAAUUGGGUUAAGAUCGGUCUGGCUAUCAAGAAGAAGGUGGAGCGAGAGCAUGCCUUAUUGUCUUUUGAUGACAAAUGCACCAUGUUGGAAAUUGAGGCUGUCAAUUUAUCCCUUAGAAAUCUGAAGACCUACCCAUUUGUCAAGGACAAAUUAGCCAACGGAUCGCUCAAGUUGAUUGGUGCUCGCUAUGACUUUGUCCAUGGCAGCUUCCAGACUUGGCAUGCCUGACAACUGAAGUUCUGAAAAUGGCGACAAUGUGUGCGGUAUAUACAAGAGUUAUCGAUGUGGCAUCGCUAUUCAUACACUAGUGUGCUUUGUUUUAAGGUUCUGUUUGGAUCCAAGUGCUAAUAGAUUAAAGUGUUAAACUUUAGCUCUAGCUCUUCCAAACGGGAGGGCUAAUGGAUUGGCUAAACUGUAGCCAAACUUCAAAAUAGUGUCUAAACUUUAGCUAGAAGAAGAGAGCUAAUGGGUACUAAUAGGGCUUUUCUCACUUAUGUAACUAAACUUUAGUCAUGAUCCAAACGGUAUGUGCUAAAGUUUAGCCGCUAAACUUUAGUUGGACUAAACUUUACCAGGUGCUGCUUUAGUUUUAGUCGACCCAAACAGUACAAGGGUGCGUUUGUACUGUGCCGUGUGCACCUGGCACUUGUAUAAUUGUAUUACGGGUGCACUAAUUAUGCUGA